UUUUAAAAAUAUUUCAUCAUUAUAUUUGCACUAUAUUUAAUAUAGAGACAUUAAUUUAUUAGUUGAGCAUAGUACUGAUUAAGUACAGAAAUGUAUUUUUGCUAUAUUUAACAGUAUAUUUCACUAUAUUUAAUAUAUAUACAACAAUAGUUUUAUUGAACAUAGUAUUGAUUAUAGUCACUGAAUUUGAUGUUUUUACAUCAUAUUGAUGUUAUUUUCUACUACCUACGGAAGAAGGGGAAGUAUCACAAUAACAACAAUUAUAGAUUCACCACUGUCAGCUGUAUUUUUCACACUUUAGUUGCUGAAAUUUACACAUCUUGGGAAAACCCCGAUUCAUCCAGAAGUGUCGCCAGUAAGGAAGAUGAACUGUGUGAGUACAUUAACGGGCACAGGCUGUUGGCUAAUGUACCAUGGUAUACUGUUGACAACGUACUAAUUCCUGUCAACGUAAAAGAGGAAAAUCACUGGAUUUUGGUUGUGAUAUCAUUCACUGACAGGUGCAUCUACGUAUACAACUCAUACCGAGCUGCAGGGCAUGAUGCUGUCGUUAGAGCCGGAAUGAAAAUGUUGGCUACUCUUGUGACACACAGUCUACAAAUGACUGAUUUCUAUGAGAAGAAGGCGGAUAUAGAUUUUGCCACACAUCCUUCUUACAGAAAUAGAGAACAUACCGACAACUUUGACAUUGUGAAUGUAGACAAUCUCCCGCAACAAGCUCCCGCUAGCAUAUACGAAUUUCUUCCAACAAAAAACAUAAUAAAUACAUCUAUUUUUUCUUGGGUUUUGAUCGAUAAAUUUUUUGAUCAUUUUUUCGGGGAUUGUGGUGUGUAUGCGGCGGCCUUUGCUGAAUACUUGAGCUCAAGUGAAGUCAUCAUCCCGUAUGAGAUACGAUGCCUUCUAUGCGACUAUCCAUGGGAUAAGUCAAACAACGAUGCAUCAAGUGAUACUCCCUCCACAUGA